GUUGUGAGAAGCCGUGCAGCUGUCAGAGGAGAAAGAUACAAGCUGCUAACUGGAACUUUGCUGGAAGAAGUAAGACAUUUAAAAUAUAAAAAUCUGGAAACCAUUAGAAGAACAUGGGAGAACCUGGAAAAAGUGUUGCAACCCAUGGGGUGACAUGUUUUUCAAAACUGAAGAUGUUUCUGUUGGCAUUAACAGUGGCAUACAUAGCCAAAGCACUAUCAGGAAUUUAUAUGGUUUCCAUGCUCACACAAAUAGAAAGGCAAUUCAAUAUCCCCACAUCUGUAGUUGGAUUUAUCAAUGGAAGUUUUGAGAUUGGAAACCUUUUGUUGAUCAUAUUCGUGAGUUAUUUUGGAACAAAACUGCACAGACCUAUAAUGAUUGGUGCUGGUUGUGUGGUUAUGGGCCUAGGGUGUUUCUUAAUAUCACUACCUCAUUUCCUAAUGGACCGAUACGAAUAUGAGAAAACGAUCUCACCUUCAAGCAAUGUGUCCUCAAACAGCUUCUUGUGUUUGGGAAACAGAAGCCAGACCUUAACGCCAACACCAGACCCAAGAGACUGUGAAAAAGAAAUUAAAUCCUUAAUGUGGAUAUAUGUAAUGGUAGGAAAUCUUAUUCGUGGAAUUGGUGAAACUCCCAUCGUGCCCUUGGGAAUUUCCUACAUAGAAGAUUUUGCUAAAUCUGAAAACUCCCCUUUAUACAUUGGGAUUUUAGAAUCAGGAAAGAUCUUUGGCCCUUUGAUUGGACUUUUGUUGGCAUCUUUCUGUGCAAACAUCUAUGUAGACAUUGGGUCUGUGAAUACAGAUGACCUGACCAUAACUCCCACUGAUACGCGCUGGGUUGGUGCUUGGUGGGUCGGCUUUUUGAUCUGUGCAGGAGUGAAUGUCCUGACCAGCAUCCCCUUUUUCUUUCUUCCCAAAACGCUCCCAAAGGAAGGACUAGAGGAUAAUGCAGAUGUGACUAACAGCAACAAAGAAGAGAAACACCAAGGAAAAGCCAAAAAGGAAAAACAUGGAAUCACUAAAGAUUUCUUGCCGUUCAUGAAGAGCCUCUUCUGCAAUCCGAUUUAUGUGCUUUUUGUCCUUGUAAGUGUGCUUCAGGUCAAUUCAUUUACCACAACAUUUGUCUUCCUUCCUAAGUACCUGGAACAGCAAUAUGGAAAAUCAACUGCAGAGAUAGUCUUUCUCAUAGGUAUUUAUAACUUACCUCCAGUAAUUAUUGGAUAUUUAAUUGGUGGAUUAGUUAUGAAAAAGUUCAAGUUUACUCUCAAGAAAGCUGCAUACGUAGCUUUCUGCUUAUCCCUGACUGAGUGGCUUUCAUUUUUCUUAAACUUUAUGUGGACCUGUGAUAAUUUCCCAGUGGCUGGCUUAACUACAUCUUAUGAGCAUGAACGAAUUCAGCAGCCAUUAUAUGUGGAGAAUAAGAUUCUUGCUAAGUGCAACACAAGGUGUAACUGUUUAACCAACACAUGGGAUCCAGUGUGUGGAGACAAUGGAAUAUCAUACAUGUCAGCCUGCCUUGCAGGCUGUGAGAAAUCUGUUGGAACAGGAAUUAACAUGGUGUUUCAAAAUUGCAGCUGCAUUCAGUCUUCAGGAAACUCAUCUGCAGUGCUUGGGCUGUGUAACAAGGGCCCCGACUGUACUAUAAAGAUGCAGUACUUUUUCAUCAUGGCAGUAAUUGGCAGUUUCAUCUAUUCUCUAGCAGCCAUACCUGGGUAUAUGGUUCUUCUGAGGUGUAUCAAGUCUGAAGAGAAGUCACUUGGAGUUGGAUUACAUUCAUUUUUCACAAGAGUAUUUGCGGGCAUUCCAGGACCUAUAUACUUUGGUGCCUUGAUAGACAGAACCUGUUUACACUGGGGAAAUCAGAAAUGUGGGAAACCAGGGGCUUGCAGGAUGUAUGAUAUAAAUAAUUUCAGGAGCAUUUUCCUUGGGUUGCCAACAGCACUAAGAGGAUCAAGCUUCCUCCCAGCAAUCUGCAUUCUAAUACUUUUGAGGAAGUUCCAGCUCCCUGAGGAGACUGACACUUCAGAGACUGAAUUUGCAGAGAUGAAGCUCACAGAAAAAGAAAGCGAGUGCAUGGAUGUGCCCAGGAGUUCCGAGUAUGAUAACAACAGAGAACUGAAAACGAGGCUGUAAUGAGAUUUCUAUUGACCUACACAAGUGCAUUUGGUUCUUUUAAAUUAUGGGAAGUACUAUGGGAGCUAUUUCCUUAUGCUUGAGGACCCCCAAAGUUAUCUUUAAUCUUGAUAAAAAAUAUUUACUGAUAUUUAAGAAGCAUUAGAGUGGCACAUAAGAUUUUUCCCAGGGAAGACUAUGGUAACCCCACCACAAUGAACUUCACAGCUGCCUUCAUUGUCAAACAGCAUUUCCUCUUUUAACUCAGUCAGAGCAAGUGCACCUUUCUUACAUAUCUGCAAAGAGCCUGUACUUUCAUAGCUCUUCAUAGAGAAGAGGUUGUAUGUCAGUGGCACAGUGAUUGUCUAGUAUGUGUCAGGCUCUGGGUUCAACAUCGAAGUAGAGUAAAUCACUGAAAAUAAAUAAAUAAUAAAUAAAUAAAUAAAGGCUGAAUGCAGUAUCAGAUGUUUUACAAAGAGCUUUAAGACUUUCCCAUGAUCAAACACUAUUCAAUUUCAUGGAAUUAUGCUUUGAUGUUAUAUUUAUUUGGAGAAAAAUAUUUUCAUCUUGGUUGUGUUACAUUGAAAUAAUUUGUUUAAAUUUAUUAUUUCUAUAUGCAAGAUAUUGUCAUACUCCUUGUCUAGUUAGGAGUUCUUAAUUCUCUUUUUUAUUCUAGAUAUGAUGCUUCUAAAAUUAGACUUCUUAUUAAAUGUCAUCUGUUGUUUUCAAUCCCCUGUUUCAUUACUCAUGUCACAUAUUUGAUUACUUAGAGCACUGAAAAUUUUAAUCAUUUUUUUAAAAAUCAUGAAGCAAAGAUCUUUGGAACUUUUUUUAGCAUUACAAAGCUGGUCAUAAAUAUCUACAUGCGAGAGCAGAAUAAAGGAAGGCACAAUCUUACAACUCUUUGAGGGAACCAGUCGGUCCAUGGGAGUGUUAAGUUUACAGUUUCAUUACUUGAACUGAGGCCAAUCCACUUCCUUGAAAGAGCGGUUUAUGUUCUUCAUUCUUUUAGAGGUCUUAGGACAUGAUCUCUUGGCCCUGUUAUUUGGAGCCGUGUCUAUGCAGCACAUUGGGGAGGUAAAUCAUAGGAAGGAAUUUGUUGGCAUCACUUCAACUGGGAAUCAAAAAGAGGUGUAUAUAAGGAACAAAGGGUCUAGUAUCACUUCCACAUGUUUACCACCAAACUUCCUCUCUCUGUACCUCAUGUCUUAAUGCUUCCAUCUCCUGAUGUAGUAUAUCCUUCUGUAUUGUGUGAAUAUGUUUUAUUACCAUUGGUUAAUAAAGAAUCUGAUUUGGCCACUAGCCAGACAGAAUAGUGCUGGGGGAAAUCCAAGAUAAAGGAAAAGGAAUGUGGAGUCAGGAGCACCCAUGGAAGUAAGUUGUGAGGCAAGAAACCAGGAGCCUUAUGAUAAAAUAUGAAAAAUAGAAUGGGUUGAUUUAAUUUGUAAGAGCUAGUUAAUAAUAAGCAUGAACUAAUAAACCAAACAGCUUGAAAUUA